UCUCUGGAUGUAUUCUCAUAGCUGAUAGUGCGCCGCUCAAAGAUUCAUUGCCGUAAGAAGAAACUAUCUGGUGGAAUAAUUCAAUCACUUUCCAUUCAUCGUCCAUUGUCAUGUCUUCACAUAUUAGGUUGCCCCAAACUCGGUGGCCGUUGGUUGUUGGGGGAUUAUGUUUGCUUUGGAUCUUGCUUGUCGCGGUCAAUCGCAAUCGCGAGUACAUCGCAUCCGUUCCUACGAGAUUUACAUAUGCUGAAAGAAUGAGAGGGAAGUCCAUCGCGUCUGCUGUCCAGAAUAGAACAAUGGGGUUUGGUGCGAUUUUGAUGGCAAUAUUAGCAGAGUAAGUUGCUAUGAUUGAAUACUUUAAUGUUUAGACGAAUACUAAUUUUGGUCACGCUAAAGUCGAACCGAUCAAAUAGACACCGCAUCUCUUCUCUCAUCUUACUCAGAUAUUGACCUGACCAUCAUUGAUGGAGUAACAUCCGUUUUGGAAAAGACAAGGCCACCAGGAGGAGCCCAAUUGUCGAAAGGUCAAAUUGGAUGUUGGAGGGCGCAUAUGAAUAUGAUGCGCUAUGUUGUGGACCAUCGACUCGAAACAGCUCUAAUAUUAGAAGCUGAUGUAGAUUGGGAUAUUAGAAUAAAGUAUCAACUGGAAGAACUUGGUAAACAUAUGCCUGGUGCAAGCAAGACCAGGCCUUAUGGUAAGCUUCAUGCGGGUAGACAGCCUGACAUUAGUUAAUAUUUGUCUCUGGAAUGCAGGCUUGGAAUGGGAUAUGCUCUAUACAGGUCCAGCUCUGCAUCUUCCUGAGGACGAAAACCUGGGACCUGUGAUCCGUUACCAUGAUAACACCGUUGGAACUUUAGCCGCGUCAGGAUAUGAUAAGAUAGAGGCGGACUGGGUUGCUAGAGACUUAGCAGCAUACCAGGCACGGGAUCAUCAAAGAAUCGUUCACCGAGCAUAUAGUAAGCCAAACUCGAAAUUUCCGGUCAAUAAUCCAUGCACUAACAUGAACCUCCCUUUCCUAGCGACCUAUGCAACUACAAGUUACAUGGUAACAUUGGAAGGCGCGAAACGAAUUCUAUACCAGCUAGGCUUGCACCAGCAGACUGCUCCUAUCGAUGUAGAUUUCUUCGAAGCUCUUCAUAGAAGAGAUCUUAAUGGCCUGAUCAUUGUGCCACCCCUUAUGCAACAAUGGAAGACAGGAAAUGCUGCCAAAGAUUCGGAUAUUGAAGAUCCUGAUAGGGAAGAUGGAAGAGCAGGCUCCGGCCCUUGCAUCGUGCUGAGCGUACGGGCAAGUUUGCAUGAUAGCGCUUUCAAUAAUUCGAGGAUUGAUUGGGUUGAUAGAACGGAUUUGACAGGAUAGAAGCAUAACGAAGCAUCAAUUAAUAGACUUAGUCAAAGGACUGCCUGCGCUCACACAGAUGUUCAAUAUCUGUUUCGGGGGAUGUGUCUCCUUAUCUAUUCAGUGACUCACUUGAGAUAUACUGCAAACGCCAAGU